AAACAAAGCGACCUUCAAAAGCCCAGCAAGCCACAAAACAAGCACAUUCAAAGAAAAAAACACUUGAAAUGGAGCGGCACUUUGAUCUUCUCUCGGAAGAUGAUCUCUUCUUGUCAUUAUUGUUCGAUGUUCCUCAAGUAUCAGAUUCUGAAUUUGCUGAAGAGUUGCAGUUUCAGGAGGUUUUAGAAGUCUCGUCUGUGAUGAAUAUGAAUCCUUCAAAAAGAAAUACUGGGUCUUCUUUAUCUUUGGUGGUUGUAACUGAAGCAAACCCAAACAUAAGCCAAAUGAAAAUCAUAGACCCGGUUGAGAUAGGCGUUCAGAAAGAUGGUGGCGAGUCAUCAGAGAGCUUCUGCGAGAUUUGUGCAGAGAGAAAAGAGGCCAACGAGAUGUUGAGGAUCGGGAACGUGUGUUCUCACAGCUUUUGCUCGCUCUGCAUAAGCAGGUAUGUGGAGACCAAAGUCCAGGACAGUGUCACCGCCAUCAAAUGCCCAGCAUUGGAGUGUGAGGGUGUCCUACAGAUUAAUUCUUGCAGGCAAAUCCUCCCUGUGAAUGUUCUCGACAUGUGGGAGAAAUCGUUGUGCGAGGCAGUGUUUCUUGACUCGCAGAAGUUCUAUUGCCCUUUCCAGAACUGCUCAGCGCUUUUGAUCAAAGACUAUGAUGAUGGGCAGGUGAUUAGAGAGAGCGAGUGCCCAUACUGCCAUAGGUUGUUCUGUGCCGAGUGUUCCGUGCCUUGGCAUGCCGGUGUGUUGUGCGAGGAGUUUCAGUUGUUGAAUGAAGAUGAGAGAGGGAGGGAGGAUCUCAUUGUGAGGGAGCUGGCGAAGGAGGAAAAAUGGGGGAGAUGCCCCAAAUGCAAAUUUUACGUGGAGAGGACUCAGGGUUGUGCUCACAUCGUUUGCAGGUGCCAGGUUCAGUUUUGCUAUGGAUGUGGAUCAGAAUGGACUGAUACUCAUGGUGGUUGUACAAGAAACUAAGGAGCAAAAGACAGAGGAAAGAAGGCCUAACCAUGUAAUCAGUUACAUCUGAAUUUAUCGUUGAUAAGAACAUGUGGUAUGGUGUAGAAGCGAUGUGAUCAAUGUUUUGGGUGAAGCAACAUAUAGUGUAUGGAUUAAACCUGCUCUAUGAUUUUUUCCAGGGUGUGUUGUUCUUGUUUGAGCUUCCGGUCGCCUGUCGAUCUUUUUUUCAAGAAUAUCACUGAAAGAUCAUUCAAUACAAGUCAUAGUGACAAAUAUAGAUUCAUUUUA